AUGCCUCACGGUCGUUAUCGAUGUCUUUCAUUGAAACGUACACAAUUUUCACAAUGGUUAGAUAAUUCUAAAACUACGACUGAAAGAAAUUAUACUACAACUACUACCAACAGUUAUAAUCAUUCAAUUAAAAGACGACAACGAAAACAUCAGACGAAUCAGACGUAUAUAGAUCAUAGUAGAUCGAUUACUGACAUUGAAAAAACUGUGGUUGGAAACAAGACAGCUAACGGUCCAAGUGACCGUAAUAGAAUGGCAAAAAAAAAUUAUGAUUUAUUAUUCAAAUUACUUUUGAUUGGAGAUAGUGGUGUUGGAAAAACUUGUAUUUUAUUUCGUUUUUCGGAUGAUUCGUUUAAUGCAUCAUUUAUUUCAACAAUUGGAAUUGAUUUUAAAAUAAAAACAAUUGAACUUGAUGGCAGAAAAAUAAAACUACAAAUAUGGGAUACUGCUGGUCAGGAAAGAUUUCAUACAAUUACCACUAGUUAUUAUCGUGGUGCAAUGGGUAUUAUGUUAGUCUACGAUGUGACCCAAGCACGUUCAUUUGAAAAUAUCAAUAAAUGGCUACGUAAUAUCGAUGAUCAUGCAUCGGAUGAUGUCGUCAAAAUGUUAAUUGGAAAUAAAUGCGAUAUGGAAGAUAAACGUUGUAUAACAAAACAACGUGGUGAAUUAUUGGCAAGAGAACAUUCAAUACAAUUUUUAGAGACAAGUGCAAAAAAUAACAUUAAUAUAGAAAAAUCAUUUUAUGAAAUGGCACGUUUAAUAUUGAAAAAAACACCGGGCAAUACAAACAAUCAACCACAGUCAUUACCAGAAUUAAACAGACCAAAUCAAUCAAAUUAUAUGUCAAUUCAACCAAAAGUAAUUUGCAUCAGUGGUGGAGCUCAAGGAAUUGGGCGAGUUAUGAUUCAUCAUUUUUUAUCCUUAUCUUAUCAUGUUAUUUGUGCAGAUAUUGAUGAAAACGCUGGCAAAGAGCUAGUCAACAUUUAUGAAGAUAAAAAAGAACAAUUGACGUUUGUACAAACAGAUGUUACAAAGGAAGAAAGUGUAAAAAGCUUAUUCGACAUUGUUAAAGAAAAAUUUGGUUAUAUUGACGUUCUUAUCAAUAACGCUGGCGUUUUUGUUAAUUUGACGGAUAAAACUGAUGCAAUUUCGGGAAUAGAAAAACUUAGUCUCGAUUCAUGGAAUUAUUAUAUCAGUGUGAAUUUAACAAGUGUGUUUUUAAUGGCUAAAUACGCCAUUCCUCUCUUGAGAUCAAAUCCACACAAAGCUAGUUCUAUUAUCAACAUGGCAUCUACUCGUGCCCUAAUGUCUGAACCACAUACGGAACCCUAUUCAGCGGCAAAAGGUGGUAUAGUUUCUUUGACACAUUCAAUGGCAAUUUCAUUAUCAAAAGAUCAAAUUCGAGUAAACUGUAUAACUCCAGGUUGGAUAGACGUUACCGGAUCACAGAAAUCAACGUCAAAUAUUAAACAAAUAGUUCUAACAACAUCUGAUCAUGAACAACAUCCAGCACAAAGAGUGGGCGUCGGACAAGAUAUUGCUGAAAUGGCAGCAUUUUUAGCAGAAAAAGACAAAAGUGGUUUUAUUACUGGCCAAAAUUUUAUCGUAGAUGGAGAUAAAAUUCCUAAGGCUAAAAAAAUGGAUUUAGAAGUCAUUCGGAUGGCACUUUCGAAUUAUAUUAAAAAUCGUUGA